AUGUCGAAAUCCGUGGAUUCUGCGGAGAAAAAACCACCGCAGUCGCAGCGCAUGAUUAAAUGGUACUUGCAUUAUCUGCGCAGCUGCGGCUUUUAUCCCUUAGCGGAUCUGUUAACCGGUCAGUCAUUUAGCCGCUUAUACCUUCCCUACUCUUGUAUAAUCGUCGUCGUCUCCGCACUCUUCGCCGCCGUGGAUCUAUUAGUAUGGAUCGCCGUCCAAUACCGUGCUAUCAUCCGUCUGGAAUUCUUCAGCAUGGUCAUGCUACUGGACCGUGUCUUCUUCACCAUCCACGCACCCUUCGCCUACAUUUACAUGAUUCUCCAAAGCAAACGCAUACAGCAUUUAGUCGCCAGUCUGGACCGCACUACUGCAAAAAAUCGAGGCGCGAAGAUCUUCGCGGUUUUGUCGAUUAUAUGGACGGAAAUUUGCCCGGCGUUGUCACUGAUCAUGACCAUCCGGAUGACCCAGGAAUUCGUGGAAUUACUGCACCGGGAUACCGUGUGGAAUCACAUGGAUAGCUUCUCCCUGCGCGUGGUCAGCAUCCUCAACAUUGUGGGAAACGUGGUAUUGGGGCAUGCAAAUAUUGCGCCGCAUGCGUUCAUUGCAACGGUCGUUGUGAUCAUUACGAUAAUGUUCCGCCGGAUUCAUGGACAGCUGCGGGUCGUGCAACGUGUCGGUGAUCAGGUGGACGUGGAGGAGAAACACGCCAAGCUCGCCGACGCCAUGACCGGGUUCCGCAAGACGGUGCGCGUGCUGCGGGAAUUCAACGAGAUUUUCGGUGGGCUGGUGCUGUAUAGCUGCGUCAAGGAUCUGCUGGUAAUUGUAGCAUUUAUUGCGUUUAAUCUCAACCUGCCGGUGGAGCGAGAGGACGGAGAGGAUACGGUGGAGUAUCUGAUUCGCAAGGAAGGGACGCAUGGGAGCACGGCGGCGUACGCGUAUUACGGGGGCGCCACGGGGAUCUUUAUGGUGGUGGUGCGGCUAGCGGUCUUCAUCGGAUGCAGCGCACAAGUGCGACGGAUUAGCAAAACAUUGGAAGCAAUCGGCGAUGAGCAUCCGGAUUCCCCGCUGGAUACUCUGUGCAUGCGUUUUCAGCAGGAAAUUGCCUCGUCGGAGAAUGUGGCCGUUUCUGCGGGCGGAUUCUUCUCUGUUACAAAAGAAUACCUUAUUACAGUCACCGGCGCCAUUCUGUCCUACUUCAUUCUGAUUUAUCAGACACGCGAUCAGAAAAUCGAUAUGGCGGAUUUGGUUAAGGAAAAUGUGUUCAAGAAGGAAAUGGAUUACAUGCUGCGAAAUAUUACGAAUUUGGUGUAUAAACUGAAACGACGUUAAGCAUAAGAUUUAUUGUCCUGAAUUGCUUUCUAUUUUCGUAAUUUUGUCCAUGCGUUGCGCUGAAGUCGGUUCAUUGUAAAGAGAGCAAUGAAUGAGACAUCUGGGAUUUGCUUAGAUUUAUGUAGUUAAUCGUUUGUCUGAUUUAACUUUUCUUAACGUGAUACUUUAGAUAAGCGCGUUGCGCAUU